AUGGAAAUUUUUGUAGUAAAAAACGAUCAAGAAGAGUUUCUUCAAAACCAUCUUAACUUGCCAAGAAAGGAGGAAGAAACCGAGCCUAAUAAAGAGUUGGAAGCUAUAUGUGAAUUCUUGGGGAUCUUCACUCCCACGAACUUUAUGGAUGAAGAAUCACAUAAGGAAAAAUGGGAGCUUAUUCAAAAAAUCAUCAAGUUGGAAGCUUCAGAAGAAAACCAUAACUCGGAUAGCGACAGUGAGGAAGGUGAUCCCAAGGAACCUGAAAGAUUCAAGAUCAAUCAAAUCCCAUCAAAUAAAUUGGAACCAGACUGUGGUAAUGAAUCUAACACAAAGGGACCAGGAAGGAAAUCACUAGCAGAACUAAGGAAAAAGGAUGGAGAGGCAUCUCAGGGUACUGAAGGGGACAAGGCGAUAGUCAAAUCGGUGGAAGACAAAGAUUCCAAAAACGGGGACCCUCAUGAUAGAGGUAAGGAAAAAAAAUGGUCUUCGCUUUUUGGAGUGAGGCCACUAGAGAAAUCUGGGCUUCCGGAAGUUAAAAAUAUAUUUGAUCCUAUGACAGGGGUUGUUGCUAUUUCUGUUCCGGAUAAGCUGGUGGAUCUCACUGUGUCUGGAUUAGCUAUGACCUUAGUUGGAAGGUUUGCUGAAAGUAUCAAAGAGGAAGAGCAAAGGAUAGAGGCAAAUGCUCAAAAAUCUGAUUCAGAGGACCAGAAGGGAGGGCCUGUCAGUCAGGAUAAAGUUGAGGAAAGUUCCAAUGAUGAUGCAUCUGCCUCAUCUAAUACAAAAGUAAACGGGGGAGACUUCAAUGAAGCGCAAGACUAUAACAUUUCCGAUUUUGAGCCUCUUUUGUUAUUAACCAAUGGAAGCCCUAAGCCGUCUCAAUGCAAAACCCCAUCUAAUAGUUUGGAAAUGGUGGCUCUGGAGGGAAAUCUUAGGAUUCUCAGUACUAAAGAAGGGAAAUCGAAUAAUGGAGGACCCAAUAGAGGGAAAGGCAAGAGAAAGGUGGAGGAAGGUGGACCUAGCAAGGAAGAGUCGACUCAGAGCAAAAAGAGCAUUAGUGCUACUGGGAUGAAAAUCCAAGGGGACAAGAAUGAUUCAGAGAAUACCGAAAAAGAUAGUAGUGAGAUGGAAACAGACAAGUCUGGAGGGGAGGAAAGUUGGAAAGAUGAGGACGUGGGGGAAGAGGAAGGUGAAGCUGAGGACGUGUUCGACCAAGAUAGUCCUACUCAUAGUGCUAGCUUAGGCAAUGACAACAGCCAACCAAUGGAGGAGAAGGAUGAUAAGAUUAAUGAGGAAAAAUAA